AUGGCCUCCCUGAUCCAGCGGAUCGCCCGCCAGGCGUGCCUCACCUUCCGAGGCCGCGGGGGCGGCCGCGGCGCUUCCGACCGCGGCGCGGUGCCAGGCCCCGAGGCGCCGGCGCCGCAGGGCUUCCCGGAGAACCUGAGCCAGCUGAAGAGCCUGCUCACCCAGAUCCGCGCCGAGGACCUGAACAUCGCCCCGCGCAAGGCCACGCUGCAGCAGCAGCCGCUGCCCCCCAACCUGCCGCCCGUUACCUACAUGCACAUCUACGAGACGGACGGCUUCAGCCUCGGCGUGUUCCUGCUCAAGAGCGGCACGUCCAUCCCGCUGCACGACCACCCGGGCAUGCACGGCAUGCUCAAGGUGCUCUACGGCACCGUGCGCAUCAGCUGCAUGGACAAGCUGGAGGCCGCCGGCGGGCAGCGGCCGCGGGCCCCGCCGCCCGAGCAGCAGUUCGAGCCGCCGCUGCAGCCCCGCGAGCGGGACGCCGUGCGGCCGGGCGUGCUCCGCUCGCGGGCCGAGUACACCGAGGCCAGCGGCCCCUGCGUCCUCACGCCGCACCGGGACAACCUGCACCAGAUCGACGCCGUGGACGGGCCCGCCGCCUUCCUGGACAUCCUGGCCCCGCCCUACGACCCCGACGACGGCCGGGACUGCCACUAUUACCGGGUGCUGGAACCCGUCCGGGCCCCGGGGAGCCCCGGAUCCACCACCUGUGACCUGCCCCGAGAGGUGUGGCUCCUGGAGACCCCGCAGGCUGAUGACUUCUGGUGCGAGGGGGAGCCCUAUCCAGGUCCCAAGGUCGUCCCUUGA